AUGUGCAAGCAAAGCGGAAUUCUUUUGACGUCGUCCAUUAUAUGCGUACAGAUAAAAAUAUAUGUUGAGACGUCGAAUUUGUUUACCUCUAGAAGUAAAAGAACCACAAUACAUGUUUAUGCUUUAUGUAAUUCCACCGAAUUCGAAGCCGCCUUAGCGCUGUCUUUAUUGGGAUACAUAUUUUUGUACUUUAUUAGUAAAAAUGACUUGUACAUCGCAUAUACAUCGUGUACGAACUUUAUACAAAACAUUGCUAAGAUUACAUAGAGGUUUGCCAGAAGGACUUCAAGUACUAGGAAAUCAAUAUGUACGAGAUGAAUUUCGUAGGCAUAAAACAUGUACUACUCACGAAGCAUCUCUAUUCAUGAAUGAAUGGACGGAUUAUGCUAUUAGUUUAGCUAAUCAGCUGGGUGUGAGGGGAAAACCCAAUCCUGUCGAGUACUUGGGAAGUAAUCUUGAAGUAAAUAAACUAGGUGACUUUCGAGAUGAACAAGUUGCACAAUUGUACGAAUUAUUACUAGCAUCCAAAGGAAUAAACGAAGAAAAUCGAUAGCAUUACAUAGAUUAUAAAUAGUUCAAACGCUAUAAAAUAAAUCAAUUUAUUCAUGUUGUAAGAA